AUGAUGUCAAAAGCUUGUGAAGAAGGACUUUGGAAAAAGACAACAGACUAUAAUAGAAAUGUACUCCAUAUUGCAAGUGAAGCAGGAAAUCUUAAGCUUGUUAAAUCACUUAUCGAAUGUAACUGUGAUUUAGAAGCAAAAGAUAAUUAUGGAUUUACUCCACUCAUAUAUGCAUCAUUUAGAGGUCAUCUUGAUGUUGUUAAAUAUCUUAUCUCUGCUGGAGCUGAUAAAGAAGCAAAUCAUAACGGAAUUACUCCACUUAUUUGGGCAGCAGCUCAAUGUCAUCUUGAAGUUGUCAAAUACCUUAUCUCAGUUGGUGCUAAUGUAGAUGCAAAAGAUAAUAAUGGAUGCACUUCGCUCUUUUUAGCAUCAGAGAAUGGCCAUCUUGAAGUUGUUAAAUAUCUUAUCUCAAUUGGAGCUAAACAAGAAGCAAAAGAUAAUAAUGACAGUACUCCACUCAUUUUGGCCUCACAAAAAGGUAAUCUUGAAGUCGUAAAAUAUCUUAUCUCAAAUGGAGCUAAUCCAGAAGCAAAAGAUAAAAAUGGCAAUACUCCACUCAUUCAGGCAUCAGGAAAUGGUCAUGAUGAAGUUGUUAAAUAUCUUCUCUCUAAAUACACAUUUAUAAAAGCAAGGAAUAAAGAUGGAUGGACUCCACUCAUUUAUGCAACAGCUCAAGGUCAUCUUAAAGUUGUUAAAAAUCUUAUCUCAUAUGGAGCUAAUACACAGGCCACGGCUAAUAAUGGAAGAAACGUGAUCUCAUUUGCAGAAGGUAUUGUAAGAGAUUAUAUAUUAUAUCAUUCUAAAUAA